CAUGGUCGGUCUGAUGCGGAAGAUUUCGAUUUCAAGUCCUAGGAUCUGCACUGAUUAAAAAAACGUAGUAAUUAAGGGGAGUAAAACGCGAUCGGCGAUCAUCGUCAGCCCAAAAUAUUUCCACCGACCAGGUACCCUCUCUCUCUCAGACACACACACGGGGCACCCAGAGAAGGGAAUUGCUAGAGACGUAAAACCAGUCACUUCUCUGCGUCGGAUUCUCUCUACCAGCACAUGCUCCUUCGUGACACUCAUACUUUUUUCCGGUUGGUCAGUUAAGAAAACUGAGCUGGAUCUGGGUUUCAAAUGCCUCCAGUUAAGCUUUAUGUUGGAUGCCAGGGCUCUAAUGCCGGGGAAACUGUGCGUUUAGGUUUCUGGAAUGCCUUGGUGUAAAUCAAGAUGUUGGUCAAAUCCAAAAUAAAAUGGGUUGCACUAGGAGGACUGGUUUUGUCUUUCGUCUCUUUGCUAGUUCAUUUGCUUCUAGCCAAGUAUUCAAGUGCCGAUCUAGUACGCUACAGUGCAAUAACAGGGUUUACUGAGGAUUUAAAUGUGAACAUCGAGGGGAGACAGGGCGCUGGAUAUAGCAAGUUGUGGAAAAAUGUUGCAUCUCUUGAAUCGUUGCAGCCUUAUGCCAAUCCUCGAAGUGGAUAUCCUGUUCCAACUGUGCAGAAUAAUGGUUUCAUAUAUGCCAAAAUUUUUGGUGGAUUCGAGAAGAUUCGAAACUCGAUUUGUGAUCUUGUUACCAUCUCCAGGCUUCUAAAUGCCACACUUGUCAUUCCAGAGAUUCAAGAAAGUACACAUGGGAAAGGCAUCAGUUCCAAGUUCAAGAGUUUUUCAUAUCUCUACAAUGAGGAUCAGUUCAUAGCAGGACUCAUAAAGGAUGUGACUAUUGUAAAGAGCCUGCCCCCAGAGUUGAAUGAGCUUAGGAAACUGAAACAGUUCCCAAUCUUUAAGCCCAAAACUUCAGAUUCUCCAACAUUUUACAUGAAAGAGGUGUUGCCGAAGUUAAAGAAAGCAAAGGUUGUUGGAUUAGUGCUCUAUGAUGGAGGCUGCCUACAGCCCAUCCUUCCCUCUCGCUUAGCUGAGUAUCAGAGGCUCAGAUGUCGGGUAGCAUUUCAUGCACUUCUUUUCCGCCCAGGAAUUUUGGCACUGGGACACCUAAUGGUGGAAAGGUUACGAGCUUUAGGCCAACCUUACCUUGCUUUCAAUCCUGGCCUUGUGAGAGAUACCUUGGCAUAUCAUGGCUGUGCCGAACUUUUUCAGGAUGUUCACACUGAACUUAUACAAUACCGAAGGGCACAGAUGAUUAAACGAGGAAUUGUGAAGGAAGAACUGAAUGUUGAUUCACAUGUCCGAAAAGCGAAUGGCUCUUGUCCCCUGAUGCCUGAAAACGUAGGACUCCUCCUUCGGGCAUUGGGUUACCCUCCUAAAACCAGAAUUUACUUGGCGGGUUCUGAAACCUUUGGUGGUCAACGGGUUAUGAUCCCUUUACGUGCCAUGUACACCAACUUGGUGGAUCGCACUUCUUUAUGCAGCAAUCAAGAGCUAACCAAUUUAAUUGGACCAGAAAUCCCAUUUCCAGAGGAUAAUUCCCUGCCUCCUCCUGCCAAAAGUUUGGACCAGCUAAAAGAAGAAUGGCAAAAAGCCGGUCCUCGUCCACGGCCUCUUCCUCCACCUCCCGACAGACCUACUUAUCGACAUGAAAAGGAAGGAUGGUAUGGUUGGGUUGCAGAAAAGGAUUCGGAACCUGAUUCUUCGCCCAUUGACUUGAGGAGUCAAGCACAUAGGUUGUUAUGGGAUGCUCUUGAUUAUAUUGUUUCAGUGGAAGCAGAUGCCUUCUUUCCUGGUUUCAACGCUGAUGGGAGUGGGUGGCCAGAUUUUUCAAGUUUGGUAAUGGGACAUCGUCUUUAUGAGAUGGCAUCUACUAGAACAUAUCGACCAGACAGGAAAUAUCUUGCUGAACUCUUCAACAGUUCGAUAGACAAUCCUUAUCAUCCAAGGCGUAACUGGACGCUUUCAGUACGGGAACAUCUGAACAAAAGCCUGGGUGAGGAGGGCCUUGAGAGGGAAUUUCGUCAAUCAAAACCAACCUCAUUCCUCUCUCACCCCAUUCCUGAAUGCUCCUGCAGAAUUCUCAAGCCCACUGAGAUCACUAGUAUUACAAACAAGAACAAGAUUAAUCACCACUUGUCCUACGAAGGGGAGAACGUGUGCCCCAAAUGGAUGCAGGAAGGUGUUAAAACAGUUAGCUAUCAAAAGAACCCUGCUAAUGAGAGUGAAUCUCAAGAAGAUGAGUUAGAUUUCGAAGUGCAACCGGAGUUGGAUAAUGGAGGAAGCACGACAGUCACAACUCCUUUGUUAGAUCAAGAUGAAGAAAUGGAUCCUAAUGAUUAGGAAAUAGGCGUACAGAGAUGGUAAAAGAUUCUUUUUGGGCUCAAUUUUUCCGGGAUUUGCUUUACUCACAAGCUAACUCAUGCGCCAACAGAUAUGAUUCCUGGGGGCUUAUCUUGUCGAGGCAGUGUGACGGCCCACGUCGGUAUUCUUUUCUUGAGGUGAAUCAAUUUUGUUAGUCGGACCAGUAUACAAAACACAGCAUAAAAGCAUAUCUGCCGUCUUGUUCCAGCACUAUGGGGCCACCUGUGGACGAAUUGGUAACGUUACCUACGAAAAGUAUCUUGUUUUUACCAGCAGUGAGAAUCGUCCUUUUCCUUUUAGUAUUUGUUUGUUUUUCUUGUUCCCAUCAACACGCAUGGUAUACACAGCCUGUAUAAUUUUUCUAGAUUGUUCUUUCUCCGAAAGCGAAAGUAGUGGUUUCAAAGGUUAGUUUUGAACAAUUUAAUUGCACUCUUCCUAAUAUCUAGUAUACUUUCCCUUC